ACGCCACUUGCCAACGGUCUUUGUCCUCGUACCACCACCAUCUCUCCUUGGACUUCCUCUGUCCGGAUGAAACUUCUUUCGCUACUAGCUUUAGGGAGUGCUCUGCCCUUCGGUGUUUUUGGAUGGGGUGCAGCUGGGCACGAAAUUGUCGCUACGAUUGCUCAAAUACAUCUGCAUCCCACUGUACUUCCAACCAUUUGUGAAAUUCUCAACUUUACCUCCACGAACCCGAACGAACCCCAAUGCCACCUUGCGCCUAUCGCGGCAUGGGCAGACAAGCUGAAAUACCGCAUGCGCUGGUCUGCUGCCAUGCAUUACGUUGGCGCCUUGGAUGACCACCCGUCGCAAACCUGUGCUUUUCCUGGAACUCGAGGUUGGGCGGGAAGAAAGGACAUCAACGUGCUUGGUGCCAUACAAAACACAACAGGAAUAUUAGAAGGAUAUAUGAAGGGGGAGAGAAACAUCAAUGCAGCCAAUGAGGCUCUGAAGUUCUUGGUCCACUUUCUGGGCGACCUGCACAUGCCUCUACAUUUGACUGGGAGAGAUAGAGGGGGGAACUCCGUCAAAGUAUUGUUUGACGGACGCCAGACCAGUCUUCAUUCCUUGUGGGAUGGACUCCUUAUCGCGAAAAACCUCCGCACAAUCCCUUACAACUAUAGCAGACCUCUCCCAAUCCGCCAGGUUGAAUACAAUCUCCGAGGUGCCAUUUACGAUCCCUUCGUUCGCCGCGUCAUGUGGGAAGGAAUAUAUGGCUCCUGGAAAGACGAAAUGUCUGACUGGCUAUCCUGUCCGCAAACCCCCUCUUCCGACUUGCCUGGUCAGUUUUCACAAUCAUCGUUCAGCUUCCCAUGGAACUCCUUCUCUACACUCUGGACUUCGAUUCGCUCGUUGAUUUAUCACACUGGUGUUCAACAGACGACCGAUGACAACGUUAUAUGCCCCCAGUACUGGGCGCAGCCAACCCACAAGUUGAAUUGCGAAUUGAUUUGGCCGAAAGCUCUGGAUGAACCUCCCUACGGCGGUCAUACGAGGCCGUCGGAGCGGUUCGUUACGGAACACGACCAUCACCAUUAUUCAUCUGUAGAGGCUGAAUUAGCUCAAUUUGACCUAAAUGGCCGAUUCAUCGGAGGGGAUGGCGAUGACAUGGAAACCACGGGGCGAAGAGGCCAUGGUGGAGGUGCCAGUCCUUAUCUCGAGAUGGAUACACCCGAGUACACGGGUGUCAUCGCAGAACGUCGCAUUUUGGAGAAGCUUAUGGCGCAAGCUGGUAUACGGCUGGCGGGGAUUCUGAACAUGCUCUUUGUCGGGGAAGAUGAUGGCAAAGGAUUUUUGAGCGUAAUGAUGGACACUUGA